AAAAGAGGAUUUCUAGAAAAAUAAAUAUAAUGGAUCAGUCAAAGGCCAAGGUCUCUAGCGUGGAGAAGGCAGCCGAGACAUCGGGAAGGACCAUCAGGAUCGAGGCAAGUGCCAACAUUCAAGGAUCACCAUCGUCAUCCAGCCACAUGGGAAAAGUGAGUCGUCCAGCAUCGGAUUCCGGUUUCAGUUCGGCGGAGAGCACCGAUUCGGUGAAAGGAUCCUUCAGUACUUCAGUGAGUGGAUCGGCGCCCACUGUGCUGCGACUGCGUUUGAGCCACGCCCAUUCGCCGCCCCGAGCCUCCACCUCCACUUCGACUUCGACCUCACCGCCGGAGCGGCAUGUGGGUUUCCACGAGGGCGUCAUCGAUAAUGAGCACAUGAACAAGCGCAAGUCCAAGUGCUGUUGCAUCUACCGGAAGCCGCAUCCGUUCGGCGAGAGCUCCUCGUCCACGGAGGACGAGUGCGAGCACUGUUUCGGCCAUCCGGAGGUCCGUCAGCGGAAUCGCCUGGAGAAGCAAAAGAAGCGCCGGCAACAGUGCUCCGGAGACUGCGAUUGCUGCUGCUGCUGCGGUGGAAGGCAGCAUACCCAGGAUACAGUCAAGGAUACAGUCAAGGAUAAAGAGUCCAAGACGCAGGCUGUUUGGGAAGAGCAAGUCCACAAGGAUUAA